CUGUUUGGUUUCCAUUAAAUUGGUAGGGUGGCACGUGGGAUUUUUAUUAGCUCUGGAUUACGAAGUUGUUGUCAUUGGUUCGGUUUGACCAACACUCUGAAGGUAUGCUGGAGUUUCACCCGUUUACAAGGCAUUGAAAUCAAAGUAAAGACAGCAGAAAUGGAACCAGAAAAUAGGCAAAUGCUGGAUGAUGUAUCUCCCACUUUGAAAGCAAAAUUGUCGAAAGUUUUAGAGAUUAAAAAACUUCCUUUGGAUCAACUAGCAUUUGUCUUGAUUGUUCUUGAUACCUCACGUUUUACAUCAGUUGGUGACCUUGUGAGCUAUUAUGAGAAGAAAAAUCAAACAUUGUCAUUAGAAAUGUGGAAAUUCAUAUUUAAGAAGCUUCAAUUGUCCAAGGAAUUUGAAGAUCUUUUGGCUGUUCAUCAGAGAGAAAUGAUGGAUGAAGUAAACCUCAAAAGCUCUCUACCAGCUGAGACCGCACUGCCAGGAACAUUUUGCUCCAGUCGUGACUUGAAUGAGCAGACACAUUUUUCUUCACAGGAUAAACAGUUUGUUCUUGUAAAUGAUUCUUCAUCAUCAUCGCUAGUUGCUGAUGCCAGAGCAUGUGAAUACCAAGGAGCCAUUCCUAAGAGGAAACAGGCUCAGCAUCCAAACAGCCCUGUUACUGGUAAGCCUAAAAAGGGGCAGAAAGUAUUAAGAGGCCUACCAGUCAGUGUGUCAUAUUUAAAUCAAUCCCCCAUACUAGGGGGAGAUUUUGGAAAUGAUAGUAAAUUCAGUUCCUGUUCUCCACAAUCAAUUAAAAGGGUUGCAAGGAAUGCUGCUGGUUAUAAAAUUCUUUGUAAUUCUUCAGUACAAGAUGAAAGUCAAGAUACUGUGUUCUUACCAGAAGAAGGCAAUUCACACACCCACAGGGCAUCAUCCUCCAUGACUCUUAUGCAUACACUUGCCUCAGGGAAUGAAGAAAAUCAGUACAAAAACAGUGCCUCUACUUUAAUACCUGAAGCUGGAAAAGCUGAACAUCAGAUUCAAUUGCUGGCAAGCCCCUUAGAAGAUUCCAACAUGCAGCCUGAUCAUUUCAGAACCCCAGCUAGACUCACUACUACUCCAGAAGGAGCACAAUUCAAGUGCAGUCCUUCUACUCCAGAUCCUUCAUUAACAUAUAUAGAGGAUAACCCAAGAGCAGGAGAAUACCAAGGGGUCAUUCCAAAAAGGAAUUGGUAUCAGCCUUCACGCAGCACUGUUAAGCAUGAUGUCAGGCAAGAAUUAUUCACAGGUCUACCUGGAAAUGAAUCAAAUUUAAAUCUACCCUCCAUACAAGCAGGAGAUUUUACAGUCGAUUGUCCUCAAUCUAGUUCCCCACCUCCAGAAUCAAGUGAAUUUGCUGCAAGAAAUUCUGCUGGUUGUGAAAUUUUUUCUGGUUCCUUGUUACAAAAUGAAAAUCAAGACACUGGGUUCUUCUCAGAUGAAGGCAACUCCUACCCCCAGAUGGCAUCAUUAUCCACUGCUCUAAUGGACACACCUGCCUCAGGGCAUGAAGGUGUCCAGCACCAAAACAGUGCAUCUUCCAUUGCACUUGAAGGUGGAAAAACUGAACAUCAGAUUCAGUCAAUGAUGAGCCUCUCAGAAGAUUCUAAAAGGCAACUAGAUCACUUCGAAAUAACACAAUCCAGACCCAACACUCCUGAAGGAGCACAGCCUGGUAGCAACUCCCCUUCACUAGUGACAGGACGUCAUAACAACAGGCCAAACCAGACUGACCCAGUAGAAGUGGAUGGUGUUCCAGAAAAUGGUGAAGAAAUUGACAGAGCUGUAGAACACUACGAUGCCACAGAAAAUAACGGUCUCCUGGAAGAAACAAAACAGCAAUUAGAAUCCUCGCAGAAAAGUGUCCUGUAUUUAGCAAAGAAAUUAGAAGAAAAGGAUUCAUUUUGCCAGACUCUCCUCAAUGAUCGGUUCCAGUUGAGGCAAACUUUGGAGGAAUCCAGGCAGCAGUAUGCUCAUUCACAAGUUGAAAGGAAUAAUUUGCAUGCAGCAAAUGUAGAGCUAAGGAGACAUUUGGAAGAUCACAAACAGUUGAUCAAUACGAUACUUGAGGUUAGGUUUACACUCUGUUUACUUCAACAUUGUGGUCGAAAUAUAAUUCACUGAUUUAAGACUUGUGAAUCAUAGAGUCGACGUGAUUGUUGCACUUUUAAGAAGAAGCCCAGCUCUUCACAAGAACCAACAUUUUCUUAAACAUUUCUCGCAAAGGAUUUGCUGACAUUAGAUUGAGUGUUUUUAUUGUUUGUUAGUUAGGUUGUUGUUCUUGUUGUUGUUUAUUUUUUAUGCAGGCCAGUUACAGCUCAAAAGUGUCUGGCAAAGAUUUUUCCCUUAGCAACGUGUCUCUUCAAUGCAUCAUGAUACUUGUUGCACAAGCAACCCUUAGUCGUAUUUCGAAGGCAGUUUCUGUCACCACAUUUCAUUCCUUGUGGUUCCCUCUUUUCUUUUUCAUAUUUUAAUGUGGACUGUACAGGAGAAGUUACACUCAGAAACAAAUUUCAAAACUAGAGAUUGGGUUUUCGUUUUCUUGCCACAUGAACCAUGAUUGAAUGUUUAUGUGAUCAUUGUUU